AUGAUGUGUUGUGUUUGCAAUGGGAAUAGUAUUGAUGUGAACACGAGUUCGGGUUCAGUGAGGGGUCAGACACUCCAUGUCUUGAAUUGCAAAAUACACCAAUUUUUGAAUAUACCCUACGCUGAGCCCCCUUUAGGCCCACUCAGGUUCGCCCCUCCCUUACCACUCAAAUCACCCAAACAGGACAUUAUUGAUGGCACACAACCGGGAAAUUAUUGUAUUCAAAACACCAUAAUAUUUGAAAAUGAAAAAAAUAAACCGACGUAUAGUGAAGACUGUUUGGUAUUGAAUAUAUGGACACCAAAUGUGGACAAUAGUAAUGAUAAUCACCUGAAAGUGGGUCUCAAACCAGUCAUGUUCUCUAUAUAUGGCGGAGCACUUAGUAUGGGAUCAAUAUUUCAAGACUUAUUGAAUGGCAGUGUUAUUGCGGCCAAUGAUGUGGUUGUGGUUGCGGUUAACUAUAGGGUCGGGCCGUUGGGGUUUCUCUACGGCGGCGAUGAGACAGCGCCCGAAAAUGCGGGCUUUUAUGACCAGUUAUUAGGACUAAAAUGGGUUAGAGAAAACAUACACUAUUUUGGCGGAGAUAGGGAUCAGAUUACAUUAUUUGGUUUGAGUGCCGGCAGUUGGUCCGUAUCGGCACACAUAUUGUCUCCGCUAUCGAAAGGUCUGUUUAAGAGGGCUAUUAUGCAGAGCGGGUCCGUUAUGUAUAACAAAGAUCGUCCGGCGCUCAGCACUGUUGAGGGCCUUCAAAGGGCCAAACAAUUGGCCCGACGUUUGAAUUGCAAUGAAUUUGACUACAAUUGGUUGCACUGUUUGCGUGCAAUAGACGACCCGAAUCUGUUUAUUGAGAAACCAGAUUAUGGAUUUGUUGUUUAUACACACCCUGUUAUUGGUACAGAGUUUUUACCAGUGUUACCACAAAAAGCAUUUUCAACAGGGUUAUUUAAUAAUGGUAUAGAUGUGGAAUUAAUGGCCGGUGCGGCCAAAGACGAGGGUCUAGUAAUGACGCAAUUAUUAUAUCCGGAAAUGCAAACCGAAAUGACUGAACACCAGUUGAGAGAAAUUGUGGUCAAAUUGAGUGAUGAAUACCAUAAUAUAGAUGUGGACAAAGUGUGCGAUCAUUACCUCAAAGGUGUUGACAAAACCAAUUCAUCGCAAUUGAAAGCAGCGUUGAGUGCAUUAUAUGGCGAUUUGACUCUGAAAUGUCCCACAUAUCACUUCGCCAAGAGAUUUGCCCAAAGCGGACAAAAUGUGCAUUUCUAUCGUUUUAAUUUUCAAAGUAAAUUCUAUGGUAUUGUUUAUGGGGUUCGCGCAGAUGUUGUAUCGCACGGCGCGGAAAUGGAUUUUGUUUUUGGCUAUCCUUUAAGAUAUCCGACACUUUAUAGCGAAACUGAAUAUGACUUCAGUAUAGAAGUGAUGAAAAUAUGGACUGAUUUUGCUAAACACGGUAAAGCACAUGACGUUUGGCCACAACUUUGGGACAAAUCUGUGAUUCGAGUGAAAGACUUGAAUCCCAACGAUAUGUCACUUAUUCUCGACAAUCCAUACGAGAUGUGUUGUGUUUGCGAUGGAAAUAGUAUUGAUGUGAACACGAGUUCGGGUUCAGUGAGGGGUCAGACACUCCAUGAAUUCCUUGGCCAGUUGGCAAGCCUAGUCUUGAAUCGUAAAAUACAUCAAUUCUUGAAUAUACCCUACGCUGAGCCCCCUAUAGGCCCACUCAGGUUCGCCCCUCCCUUACCACUGAAGGAGCCUAAACAGGGCAUUAUUGAUGGCACACAACCGGGAAAUUAUUGUAUUCAAAACAAAAUAGUAUUUGAAAAUGAGAGAAAUAAACCGACGUAUAGUGAAGACUGUUUGGUAUUGAAUAUAUGGACACCAAAUGUGGACAAUAGUAAUGAUAAUCACCAGAAAGUGGGUCUCAAACCAGUCAUGUUCUCCAUAUAUGGCGGAGCACUGAGUGUGGGAUCAAUAUUUCAAGACUUAUUUAACGGCAGUGUUAUUGCGGCCAAUGAUGUGGUUGUGGUUGCGGUUAACUAUAGGGUCGGGCCGUUGGGCUUCCUCUACGGCGGCGAUCAGACAGCGCCCGGAAAUGCGGGCUUUUAUGACCAGUUAUUAGGACUCAAAUGGGUUAAAGAAAACAUACAUAAGUUUGGCGGAGAUAAAGACCAGAUCACUAUAUUUGGUGUGAGUGCCGGCAGUUGGUCCGUAUCGGCACAUGUAUUGUCUCCCCUAUCAAAAGGUCUGUUUAAGAGGGCUAUUAUGCAGAGCGGGUCCGUUAUGUAUAACAAAGAUCGUCCGGCGCUCAGCACUGUUGAGGGCCUUCAAAGGGCCAAACAAUUGGCAAACAAAUUAAAUUGCGAUGAAUUUGACUACAAAUGGUUGGACUGUUUGCGUGCAAUAGAAAACCCGAACCUGUUUAUUGAGAAACCAGAGUAUGGUUUCCUUGUUAUGAUACACGCCGUGUUUGGCACAGAGUUUUUGCCAGUUUUGCCUCAAAAAGCAUUUACAAUAGGAUUAUAUAAUACUGGUACUAAUGUGGAAUUAAUGGCCGGUGCGGUGAAAGAGGAGGGUGUGGUAAUGACCCAGUUUUUAUACCCAGAAAUGCAAAUCGAAAUGACUGAACACCAGUUGCGAAAAAUUGUGGUCAAAUUGAGUGAUGAAUACCAGAACAUAGAUGUGGACAAAGUGUGCGAUCAUUACCUCAAAGGUGUUGACAAAACCAAUUCAUCGCAACUCAAGGCAGCGUUGAGUGCAUUAUAUGGCAAUCUAGUGUUCACUUGUCCCACAUAUCUCUUCGCCAAGAGAUCUACCAAAAGUGGACAAAAUGUUCAAUUCUAUGGCAAAGUUUAUGGGGUUCGCGCAGAUGUUGUAUCGCACGCCGCGGACAUGGAUUUUGUUUACGGCUAUCCCUUAAGAAAUCCGACACUUUAUAGCGAAAUUGAAUAUGAUUUUAGUAUUGAUUUACUGAAAGUAUGGACUGAUUUUGCUAAACAUGGUAAAGCACAUGACGUUUGGCCACAACUUUGGGACAAAUCUGUGAUUCGAGUGAAAGACUUGAAUCCCAACGAUAUGUCACUUAUUCUCGACAAUCUAUACGAGAGUACAUAUGUCUUCUCAUAU